AUGUGUUAUGUCUAAUGAUGUGACAGCGGAUCAUAAGGAAGCACUGAUGGCGUCACAUGUGGAGCUCCUCUUUGGAGUUCUGGAGGACUUGGGGAAUGAGGAGCUCAAGCAUUUCCAGUGGUUCCUGAAGCAGGCUGACAUCAUAGAAGGCUUCCCAGCUAUUCCAAAGAGCCGGCUGGAGAAAGCUGACAGGCAGGACACGGUGGAUCAGAUGGUGCAGACCUACGGCCUUUGUGAAGCUCUGCAGAUCACAGUGGAAGUUCUGAAAAAGAUCAGCAGGAAUGAUUUGGUGGAACAUUUUCAUGAAAGUGGUUCUGAAGCUAACCAGGUUGCCACAGAUGUUGGAGAGACUUCAAAGAUUAAAGGAGCUUCUUCCAUUCAACAGGCACACAAAGUUCCUUGUCCUCCCACCCCUGGUGCUCAAACUGAAGAUUUGUUGGUACCAGUACCAAAGCCUCCACGGUCCAUCAUAUCAUACCAACGCAUGCUCCAGUCGAACCUCCAGAACAAGUACAUGUGUAUACCAGAAGGUUUGUCAAAGACUAAGGAUAAGAAACUUCUUGAUGACAUUUACACAGAGCUCUACAUCAUAGAUGGAAAUUAUGAAGAUGUCAACAGCCAGCAUGAGUUCAACCACAUUGAAGUGACAUCAAGAAAACCUGAGGGAACUGAGAGAUUAAUUCAACACAACGACAUCUUCAAACACCCGUCUGGGAAAAACACACCUGUAAGAACAGUGCUGACCAGUGGGAUUGCAGGAAUUGGCAAAACGUUCCUUAUUUCAAAAUUCAUCCUGGACUGGGCUGAAGGAAGAGCCAAUGAAGAUGUGCAUCUCACAUUCCCCUUCACUUUCCGCCAGAUCAAUUUACUGAAGGGCAGACGGUUCUGUUUGGCAGAUCUCAUUCACAAAUGUAUCAGGGAAACCAAAGACAUCAGUGAGGAGGCUCUUAAUUACAUCUUCACAAAACUACAAUCUUCAGGAAACACCAACUAUGACAAGAGUAAAUUCAAACUUCUUUUUGUGCUUGACGGGCUGGAUGAAAGCCGCAUACGACUUAACUUCAGUUACAAGGAAGAAUGUUCUAUUGAUGAGCCACUGAUGGUUAAUGAUCUGCUGGCAUGCCUCAUUCAAGGGAAACUUCUCCCUUCUGCUCGCCUCUGGAUAACCACGCGACCGGCAGCUGCCAGUCAGAUCCCUUUUGACUUUGUUGACAUCAUGACAGAGGUGAGAGGGUUCACUGAUCCACAGAAGGAGGAGUACUUCAAGAAGAGAUUCGGAGAUGUGCAGACAGUCAGCAGAAUCAUGACCCACAUCAAGAUGUCACAAAGUCUCCACAUCAUGUGCCACAUUCCAGUUUUCUGCUGGAUCACAGCUAAAGUUCUGAAGCAAAUGUUGAGAGAAGAUGAGAGAAAAGAAAUCCCUCAAACUCUGACUGAGAUGUACACAAAAUUCCUUGUGUUUCAGAUCAAGCAGACAGCACUGAAGUAUGACACAGAUAAAAACAUCAAGAUCAUCGAGUCACUUGCAAAGCUGGCUUUUAACCAGUUGGAGAGUGGUAAUCUGAUCUUCUAUGAAGCAGACUUGAACAACAGUGGCAUUCAUCUUAGUGAAGCGUCAGUAUACUCAGGGGUGUUCACAAAGAUCUUCAAGGAAGAAGAUGGGCUGAACGAAGAUCAGAUGUUUUGUUUUGUCCAUCUGAGCAUUCAUGAGUUUUUGGCAGCUGUUUUUGUGGUUCUGUCACUUUGUAAUAACAGAAAGGAUGUGAUGGCUAAACCGCAAACACCUCUCCAACAUCUACAGGUGCUUUUCAGAAAAGCAUCUACCACUGAGAUCUGUAUGAGAGCUGUGGACAAGGCCUUGCAGAGUCCAAAUGGACAUCUCGACUUGUUCCUCCGCUUCCUUCUGGGUCUGUCAUUGAAGUCAAAUCAGGAUCUAUUACAAGGUCUGCUGAAAAAGACAGGAAGCAGUACAGAGACCAACAAGAAGCUAGUGAAGUACAUCAAAAAGAAGAUCAGGGAGAAUCCCUCACCAGAGAGAUGCAUCAACCUCUUCCACUGUCUGAGUGAACUGAAGGACUGUUCCCUGGUGGAGGAGAUCCAACAUUACCUAAGAACAGGAAGCCUCUCCACAGCCAACCUCUCUCCUGCUCAGUGGUCAGCCCUGGUCUAUGUGUUACUGUCAUCUGAAAAAGACUUGGAUGUGUUUGACCUCAGCAAAUACUACAAAUCAGAUGAGGUUCUUAUAAGAAUGCUGCCAUUGGUCAAAGCCUCAAGAACUGCACUACUGAACCAAUGUGAGCUCUCACACCUUUCUUGUAAAGCUCUGGCCUCAGUUCUCAGCUCGCAGUCCUCAAAUCUGAGAGAGAUGGACCUGAGUAACAACAACCUGCAGGAUGCAGGAGUGAAACUGCUCUCUAUUGGACUGCAGAGCCCACACUGUAGACUGGAAAACCUAAGGUUGUCAAGAUGUGAGGUCAUAGAGGAAGGCUACGUGUCUUUGGCCUUAUCCCUGAGCUGCAACUGCUCCCAUCUGAAAAAGCUGGAUCCGAGCUACGAUGAAGAAAGACCAAGAAAACUAAGAAAGAAUCCACUGUCUCUGAAAAAGAGAAUCGGGCUACGUCGACUUUCAUAUCCAUCAUACGCUGAGCUAACAGGGCCAUGCUGUCACAAUGUGGGACAAUACUGCAGCCUGAGAGAGCUGGACCUGAGUAACAACAACAUGAACUUUAAAGGACUAAUGCUGCUUUCUCCAGGACUGGAGAAUCCACACUGUAGACUGGAAACUCUCAGUCUCAGUGGGUGUAACCUGUCGAUGUACAACUGUGUAGAUCUGGCCUCAGCUCUAAGCUCCCAUUUCUCCAGUUUGAGAAAACUGGAUCUGAGUAACAAUGACCUGCAGGAUUCAGGAGUGAACUGGCUCUCUGGUGGGCUGGAAAGUCCACAUUGUAAACUGGAAACACUUAGGUUGUCAGGUUGCAUGGUCACAGCGGACGGAUGUGGUUCUUUGGCCUCAGCUCUGAGCUCCAACCCAUCCCAUCUGAGAGAGCUGGACCUGAGCUACAAUCAUCCAGGAGAGUCAGGAGUGAAGCUGCUCUCUGCUGGACUUGAGGAUCCACAGUGGAGACUGGAGACUCUCAGUGUUGAUCAUUGUGGAGAGUUGAGGAUCUUGCCUGGGCCAAGGAAAUAUGCCUGUGAUCUCACACUAGACCCAAACACAGCUAACAAGAAGUUUUUCCUGUCUCAAGGUGACAAACAGGUCACAAACGUAAGAAAGGAGCAGCCAUAUCCCGAUCACCCGGAGAGGUUUCAAUACAGGUACCAGGUUCUGUGUACAAAUGGUCUAACUGGAUGCUGUUACUGGGAGGUAGAGUGGAGAGGACAAGCUUCUGUAGGAGUGACAUACAAAGGAAUCCAAAGGAAAGGGCGCGAGGAUGACUCUCUGCUUGGGUGGAAUGACAAGUCCUGGUGCUUCAACUGCAGCAAGAACACUGUUUUGCACAACGGAAAAGGCUCAGACACACUUAAAAAUUCCUACCAUGGUUCCAACAGAGUAGCAGUGUAUCUGGACUGGUCUGCCGGCAUUUUGUCCUUCUAUAGAGUCGUCUCUGACACACUCAUCCACCUCCACACCUUCCACUGCACAUUCACUGAACCCCUCUAUCCUGCACUGAGGGUUCUUGGCACAUAUUCAUUUGCAUUACUGUGCACCUCUUAGUGACUGCAUUGAAAAUGUUACUAAAGUAAAAGUAUGCAAAAAGAAGUAGAAAAACGAAAGUCUAGUCUGCAGGAUUUUGUGGAUUUCAUGAGAUUGCAGAUUGCAACCAACUAAAACUUCUCCCCUGGGCCAAGUGUGUAGAGAACUAUGGUCGCAAACACUAAACUCGUGUACCCGUAUCUAGAGCCAGUGUUUGGUUUAUCUGUUAACAAGGUGACCAACUCCAUGCAAGACACGGAGUCGGCCAUCUUGUCUCUAUAGCCUCACCCUAGGUAGAUAUAAACGGCUCAUUCUAAGGUAAAGAAAACAAAAAGAUUCUUAGUUUAAUGUGAUAACAAGCUAAUAAAAACAAAUAUUAUAUACCAAUUUCUGCCAAUUGAUGUCUCUAAAUCCUACACACUGAACCUUUAAUUGUAUUUUCGUUGUGUAAAAAGUCUUGUUCAGUGUUUUUUGUACCAAAAGACCAUCUAAGGAGAAGGAUAUUUAGUUCUUCCAGUAAGUCAAUUUUGUCUUAAUGGUUUUAAGCCUAUUUUUUGCUAGCUAAAUUAGCAUAAGUAUAGGCAUUAUUGCAGGGAACCAUAAUGCACUAUGCUGACAAAGCUAGCAGCUAGAAUUAGGGUUAUGUCCACCCUUGUGCAACCACCUAAAACCUCUCCUAAGUAACAGAACUAUGAUGGCUGACGUGAAUAAGUGAAUGGUUCUAUCUAGAGCCAGUGUUUCGUUUGUGCGUUCUCAGCAACUGUAGAACAACAUGUUGAACUCUGUGGAAAAGGACCCGCUCUGUAUAUAGAUAUAAACUGCUUAUUCUAAGGUACUGAAGACCAGGUUGUUCUCAUAAACAGUUUGUAUGUUUUCCUACGAAAAGUAAUGCACCCAAAUUUGUACAUAUCACACUUAUUUUGAAGGCUGAAAUCACGUGACCAAUGCGCUAAUGGGAGUAAACAAGGAAGCAGUCCCUAGCUGUCUUGUAAGGAGCCCAUCCACUGUAUAUAAAGUUGGAUGCCAUGACAGAUCCCCAAAGGCAAAGCUUAAAAUCUUGAUCACCUCUGGUGGCUGGCUGCAGUACAGGUCAUAAAGCCCACCCUCUCCAUGUUAGUGGAUGGGACAUGGGUCAAACUAAAAACUCAAAGUACACAUCAAGUACAUUUUUCCUAAAAAUGGUUUCUUUCAUUUAAGGUAGUUUUUAUCACGCUGCUGUAUGUUCAAAUGUUUGUUUUUCUUAUAAGUUUGGUUUUAAUUAGUUAUUUAUUGGUAUAAAACAGGGAUUUUACAACAUGAAUGACAACUGUGUGAGCCAAUUGGUGGGCUCGUAUUCAGUGGCGCUGCUUGUGAUCGGUCGGAUGGGUGCAUGGAUGAGAAGUUUAAUACUGCAGAGAUCAUUACUGUGCAGACUCUGGCUCCAAAUGAUGCCACCAGAGCAAGAUGGCAGCUGCCACAUCUGGGUCAUUUUAGCUUCGCCUCUGUAUAAUGGGGGGUAAGCAGAGACACAUCGUCCAUCUUUAUGCAGUCUAUGAAGGAGGCAGGUUGGGUUGGUUGAUGGUUCACACAGAGCUGGACUUACUACUUACUUACUUAUUAUAUUACAUUUCUACCAAUAUAUCACCCUAAAUCCCACACACUGGACCUCUAAAUUAUGAAAAGUAAAAGUACUAAGCAUAUAAAAAUAAUCCCUGUUAUGUAUUAUAUCAUUAGAUCAUCCUAAUGCAAUAAUUUGAAAGCAGCAUUUUACUGAUGUAGCUGGUUGAGGUUAAGCUAUUUUUAAAUGUUUGUAUAUAGGAUAGCGACAAUUGACUAUCUGUAAUACUGAUUGAUCUAUUAAUUAUUUUCUUGAUUCAGUGUUUGGUCUGUAAAUUGUCAAUACAUAGUGAGAAAUGGCAUUCCAGUUCACCAGAGCUCAAAGUGACAUCUUUAAAUUUCUUCUGUCCAACCAAACAGUCCAAAUCAUUCAGCUUACUGUAAUUUUAGAAGGAGAAUUUUAGAAGAAAAUGCAGUCAUUUUUUUUUUACAUUCAGGGAGCUAGAACCAUUAGAUAAUUGUAAUUUUUGCAUGAACUAAAUGCAGCCCAAUCACCAGAAAUAAUGUUGCCUUUGUAUGUUUUUGCAAACCACAGAUAUGUUACAUUUGCACAUUAUUGUGUAGCAAUUAGGUUGAAACUUGACAUUUCAAGAAUGCUGUGGUUAACACGUGGUUAGGUUUAGGCACAAAAACCACUAGUUACGAAAAGAUCACAUUUGGGGGUCACAAUCCGGGCAGGGAAAAUAGCAAUGUCUCAGGAAAAAACAGCCACUUUUUUGGCCUAAAAAAGCUGCUGAAAACACAGCAAUGACUUACUAAAUCCAACUUUUUUUGUUUGUUGGUCUCAAACAGUGAUCUGCAGUGGUAUGCAGCGUGGCUCAUUUUUGCCACUUCCCAAUGACAAAGUCAGCUCCAAUACUAUCUCACUUUAGAAACACUGAAAUGUGUAAGUGUAACAUCAGUGGUUUCCAGAAACGUACAAUGCUAGUAUUGUCUUCUGGUGAAGGAACUGGGGAUAGAAUGUCUGUAAAAUCUGAUUCAAUUAAAUGCUGAUUAAACAGAGGUUUUCAUCAUCGGCCCACAUACACAGAUUAAGCGCCAUAAUGUGGAUCCAUUGUUAACAACAUGAAGCUUGUGGUGAAAAACUUGGGAGUAUUUAAAUUAUGAUUUUACAGAUUUACAGAUUUUACAGUUAUAAGUUUUACAUACAUAGUCCCUACAUACUUUUGUUGCAUGCCUUUUAUGCCUGACAUCUUAUUAUGUUUUACAUGCUGCACAGAUUUCUAUUCUAUAUCUGAUUUAUUGUUCUCUGCCAUGUUGAUUUUAUUGAUUGAUUUUGUUUGUUAAUAUUGUUUAAGGACAUUUUUAAGUGUUUAUCAGUGUAAAAGAUUUGCUUCACCAACUUUUGAUAUUCAUUAUCUGUUUAUACAGCAGCCUCUGGGUGUACACAGGAGAAGCUGAAACCAUAUAUUUCACAUUUUUAUAUUGUUUAUAAAUACUCAAAUAAAUGCCUACAUUUUCUAAAAUGGA